AUGCCCAAGAGAAAAGCCCCGUCAGGCGAAUCCUCUGCCGCCGACCAGGAGCCCCGCCGCUCAAAACUGAACCAGGUCGAAUCCAGCACCGACACCUCACCUCCCGACGACAGCACCACCACCCAAGGAGCUGACGCCGCCCCCGACAACAAGACACAAGACCGCUUCGAGCGCUGGAAAGCCCUCAAAGGCCGCGCCAAAAAAUCCGCAGAAGUAAACCGCAAGGAAGUCUACGCCGAGCGCCGCCGCCAGGCCAUCGACCCCUCCGAGACCUCGCGCCUGAACCGCCGACGCGCCGAGGCAGAGUUCAAGCUUGCCAAGGCCGACGCCGAGGACGAGGGCGAGGACUUUGAGCGCAAGAGGGCGUGGGAUUGGACUGUUGAGGAGAGCGAGCGUUGGGACCGCCGGGUCGAGAAGAAGAAGAAGCACGUUGAGGAUGUUGCUUUCCAAGAUUAUACACAGACGGCCAGGAAGAUCUACAAGAAGCAGAUCCGCGAGCUGAAGCCGGAUAUGGAGUCGUAUGCGGCCGACAAGGCGAAGCUUGUGCGUGAUGGGACGAUCGUCGAGACGGAGGACGGGGAGCUCAUUGCCAUUGAUCGUGACGGAGAGUUUUAUGCGGAUGCGGACUCGCUGGGCUUUAUCGAUAACAAGCCGAGUAAGCAGGCGGUUGAUCGUCUGGUGGGCGAUCUGCGAAAGGCGGAGGAUGCACGCAUGGCGAGACGCAAGGGUGGUGACGAGGAGGACGUCACAUAUAUCAAUGACAAGAACAAGCAGUUCAACCAGAAGCUGGCGAGGUAUUACAACAAGUAUACUGGAGAAAUCAGAGACAGUUUCGAGAGAGGAACUAUGGUUUAG